AUUAUAUAGAUAUACUACCUCUUUGAGAUAACCUUCAACUGAUUUUGUAGUGAUUGAUAACAAAACAACUUAUUAUCAGCCAACAAUUUGUUCAAGUAAAAACACAGUGUAAGACUGUGAAGUGAUCGAACAUUAUAUUAUUCACUUUGUGUACUAAAUAUGAAUUGUAUAAAUAGAGCAAUUAGUUUUUCUGUUCAUGUACCGAAAUAUGCAAGGUUGAUCAGUACAACAAACGUUCGAUUAAAUGCCGACGAUGGAUGGUUUUCAAAAUUGCUGGUGCGGAGGAUAGAACCGACGAAAGAAUCUCACAGCCGUAUGCUUAGCGACAAGGAGAUAAUAUAUGCACUACACACGCACAAUAUACGGCCUGAUUCUGUAGAUAAAUAUUUGAAGAAUUAUAAAGACUCAGUGGAAUUUGUUCACUCACAAAAAUCUGAGUUGGGUUGCGAACUAGUGGGAUCAUGGACAGUGUCAGUGGGAGAUAUGGAUCAGGCCUUGCAUUUAUGGCGUUAUGUAGGUGGAUUCGAGAAAAUAGAUAAGGCCAAGAUUCUAUUCAAAAAUAACCCAGAUUAUUCAGCGCUUGAAAAGGAGCGCGGCAAUUUUGUACGAUCUCGGCACUUACAGUACUUACUUGCAUUCAGUUUCUGGCCAAAUGGUGAACCUCGCUCACCCCAUAACAUUUACGAGAUACGAUCAUACAGCUUGAAACCGGGUACUAUGAUCGAGUGGGGAAAUAACUGGGCUCGAGGACUUUCUUACCGGCGGUCUCAGAACGAGGCGUUCGCUGGAUACUUCUCACAAAUAGGCCGGCUUUAUAACGUGCACCAUAUUUGGUGUUACAAGAACUUGCAGGCUCGGCGAGAGACCCGUGAAAGCACAUGGCGCAAUCCAGGCUGGGAUGAAUGUGUCGCUUACACCGUGCCACUCAUCAGGGAGAUGCACUGCCGUAUCCUCGAGCCUACAGAGUUUUCACCCACCCAGUAGGCGCACAGAAAAUUGGUACGAUAUCAGUGUUUGAAUCGAGUUUGUAUAUGGAUGCGUAAUGUAUAUUGCCAUUUUUAUUUCAAAGGCGUCCAUCAGCAUAUUAAGUUUUACACGUUUGUUUUUUUAAUAUGUAUAAUAGAAUAUCAAAGACAUAGAAUAUAUAUAGUUUGAAAUAGGAAAGGCGGUCGUAUCUUUAAUGCAUUCUGCUUUAAUUUAACACAGCAACACCAAAAGCGCCGUAUUUAGAACUCGGGUUUUACUUAAAACAAUAAUCACUUUUGUUAGCUUCAUACGCUCCCUGCAUUAUCGUAUUGGUCAUUGUAUAUAUUAGCUAUUGAGUUAAAAAUAAAAUGAAAAUAUGAUUUAAGUUAUGUUGUUGUCUGUCACACAAAUAAAAAUAUUAUUAACGAAGAGAGAACUAAGUGCCGUAUUAUUCAAUAAUUAUUAUAACAAAUAAC